CCGGCGCUCUGCUGGUUCGGGAGCGUCUCGGUGACGUAGAUAUUUAUGUUCAAGUUGGCGGAAAAUAUGUCGGUUCUGUAAGAAAGGCAUAUUUUUCUUAUUGUUGUCAACAAUUACUGUUACAGCAAAAGACAAUCAACCUCCAUGUCGGACAAAGAGGAACCGUGCACAUCACAAGAGGUGGAGUCGGAGGAGAAGGAAGAUCCUCCUUUUCAGCUGAAACUUCCACCAAAGGCUGUUGGCAGACUAGAAGCAGAAGUUGACCCAGAAUAUGAGGAAAAGAGGAAGGCAGACAGAGCAAAUAGGUUUGAAUUUUUGUUGAAGCAAACAGAGCUCUUUGCACAUUUUAUUCAGCCGGCGGCUCAGAAAUCACCCACGUCCCCACUGAAGGUUAAGCUGGGCAGACCAAGAAUCAAGAAAGAUGAAAAACAGAACCUGCUCUCAGUUGGCGAUUAUCGACAUCGACGUACAGAACAGGAGGAAGAUGAGGAGCUGCUUUUGGAAAGCAGAAAGGCUGCAAAUGUUUGUGUGCGAUUUGAAGAAUCACCCUCUUAUGUGAAAAAUGGUGCUUUGAGAGACUAUCAAAUAAGAGGCCUAAACUGGAUGAUUUCUCUCUAUGAAAAUGGUAUCAAUGGGAUUCUAGCAGAUGAAAUGGGGCUUGGAAAGACGCUGCAGACCAUUGCAUUGCUAGGUUAUCUAAAACAUUUUAGAAAUAUCCCUGGGCCUCAUAUGGUCUUAGUUCCAAAGUCAACACUGCAUAACUGGAUGAACGAAUUUAAGCGUUGGGUCCCUUCCUUAAGAGCUGUCUGUCUUAUUGGAGACAAGGAUGCUAGGGCUGCCUUUAUUCGUGAUGUUAUGAUGCCAGGAGAAUGGGAUGUUUGUGUUACUUCAUAUGAAAUGGUAAUCAAAGAAAAGUCUGUCUUUAAGAAGUUCAACUGGAGGUACCUGGUCAUAGAUGAGGCACAUAGGAUAAAGAACGAGAAGUCCAAGCUCUCUGAAAUUGUUCGUGAAUUUAAAACGACAAACAGACUCCUACUAACUGGAACUCCUUUACAGAAUAAUCUACAUGAGCUGUGGUCUCUGCUCAACUUCUUGCUGCCAGAUGUAUUUAAUUCUGCCAAUGAUUUUGACUCAUGGUUUGAUACCAAUAACUGCCUUGGGGAUCAAAAACUUGUAGAAAGACUACAUGUGGUGCUAAGGCCAUUUUUGCUGAGGCGCAUCAAAGCAGAAGUGGAGAAAAGCCUGCCUCCCAAAAAAGAAGUUAAAAUUUACCUUGGGUUCAGUAAAAUGCAGAGAGAAUGGUACACAAAGAUUCUAAUGAAAGACAUAGACAUUUUAAACUCUGCGGGAAAGAUGGAUAAGAUGCGUUUGCUGAAUAUUCUUAUGCAACUUCGCAAGUGCUGCAAUCAUCCUUACCUGUUUGAUGGGGCAGAGCCUGGUCCCCCAUACACCACUGAUACACAUCUGGUCACUAACAGUGGUAAAAUGUUGGCGCUGGACAAGCUUCUUCCCAAAGUUAAAGAGCAGGGCUCCAGGGUACUGAUCUUUAGCCAAAUGACACGUGUUCUGGACAUUUUGGAAGAUUACUGUAUGUGGAGGGGUUUUGAGUAUUGUCGUCUUGAUGGAAAAACCCCACAUGAAGAGCGAGAGGAAGCAAUCGAGGCCUACAAUGCACCAAACAGCUCAAAGUUCAUCUUCAUGUUGAGCACCAGAGCUGGGGGUCUUGGCAUUAACUUGGCCACAGCAGAUGUUGUCAUUUUAUAUGACUCUGACUGGAAUCCGCAAGUAGAUCUGCAAGCAAUGGAUCGUGCUCAUCGUAUUGGACAGAAAAAGCCUGUAAGAGUGUUCCGCCUAAUCACUGAAAACACAGUUGAGGAGAGAAUUGUUGAAAGAGCAGAGAUGAAGCUCAGAUUGGAUUCCAUUGUUAUACAGCAAGGUAGAUUAAUUGAUCAACAAUCCAACAAACUGGGGAAAGAUGAAAUGCUGCAGAUGAUUCGUCAUGGAGCCACUCAUGUUUUUGCUUCAAAGGACAGUGAACUGACAGAUGAAGACAUCAGUACAAUUCUUGAAAGGGGUGCAAAGAAGACUGCUGAGAUGAAUGAGCGCCUAGAGAAGCUGGGAGAGAGCUCUUUGAGAAAUUUUACCAUGGACACAGAAACCAGUCUAUAUAACUUUGAAGGCGAGGACUAUCGGGAGAAACAGAAGCUGUCCAUGAUUGAAUGGAUUGAACCUCCAAAAAGAGAGCGCAAAGCUAAUUAUGCUGUUGAUGCAUACUUCAGAGAAGCACUCCGAGUCAGUGAGCCCAGGGCACCAAAGGCACCAAGACCGCCAAAGCAACCAAAUAUUCAAGAUUUUCAGUUUUUCCCACCACGGUUGUUUGAGCUGCUGGAAAAAGAAAUAUUGUUUUACAGGAAGACUAUUGGAUACAAGGUUCCGAAAAAUCCAGACCUUCCAAAUGCUGUCCAGAUUCAGAAGGAGGAACAAAAAAAGAUUGAUGAUGCAGAGUCUCUAACUCCGGAGGAGACUGAAGAGAAGGAAAAGCUUCUAACCCAAGGUUUUACCAGCUGGAACAAAAGAGACUUCAAUCAGUUCAUAAAAGCCAAUGAAAAGUAUGGUCGGGAUGACAUUGACAACAUUGCUCGUGAAGUGGAGGGGAAGACACCAGAAGAAGUCAUUGAGUAUUCAGCUGUGUUCUGGGAACGCUGCAAUGAGCUUCAGGAUAUUGAAAAAAUAAUGGCUCAGAUUGAGCGUGGAGAAGCGAGGAUACAAAGAAGAAUCAGCAUUAAGAAAGCCCUGGAUGCAAAGAUUGCAAGAUACAAGGCUCCAUUUCACCAACUGAGAAUACAAUAUGGAACCAACAAAGGUAAAAACUACACUGAGGAGGAAGACAGAUUUCUCAUCUGCAUGUUACACAAAAUGGGCUUUGACAAAGAAAAUGUGUAUGAGGAACUCAGACAGUGUGUACGGAAUGCUCCACAGUUCCGCUUCGACUGGUUCAUUAAGUCAAGGACUGCCAUGGAACUCCAGAGACGAUGCAACACUCUCAUCUCUCUAAUUGAAAAGGAGAAUAUGGAAAUUGAAGAGAAAGAACGUGCAGAAAAGAAGAAACGUACACCUAAAACUCCAAUGGCUCAGAAAAGGAAGUCUGAUGUUGCCAUUGAUUCUACUAGUAGAAAAGACAAGAAGCUGAAGCCCUGAAAUAAAUAACCCCAAUGUCCCUUUCAAAUUGAAAACAUUCACAAAAUUCAUUACAGGUUGCAUGUAGUGAUUGCAAGUAUACAACUAAGUCCUUCAGUUCCCUUUUGUAUGGUUUAUCUGGUAGUAGUUGUUUGGAUUUCCCAUGUAGUCCACUUUUAAGUGUUGCAAUCAUCUUUUGUUUUUUUAUGUUAACAUGUCUUGUUAAGUUGUCAGCCAGUGUUUCGAACCAGAGAUCUAUUCUAAUUCAGAGAAAAAACAUAUGACUGGGAAAUAUCAAGUAUUAAUUUGUAAUUUGACAGCUUUGCACAUAUUUUAUCACUGUUUGUAAUAUUAAAACUAAAUGAAUAGUUGAUUACUUUUUUAGUUUCUCUCAAAAUUACAUUUCUCCAUUUGUCUUACUGCUGUUAGGAGUUCAUGUGCCAUUUCUACUUUAUUUGAAAAUUAUUCAUAUUCUUACUUGUAAUUUUUUUUUCUUUUGUAAAACUGAAGAAAAGGCAUGGUGAUAUAAACACAGUGUUCUUUCAUUUAAUGUUACUAGUGCUUUGUCAGAGCCUUUUCUAGUCUUUUCUUUUGUGUCAGCUCUUUUAGUGAAUGCACUUAAGGCUGUGUGCUAAGUUCAUAUAUACAUGUACUAAUGAACUGCACACACUAUUUUCUGUCCGUACUCUUACUGCCUUCUGUUAUAUUUUUUUAAAUACAACAGAAUUUUACAUUUCUAUUGAAA